AUGCUGUAUCAGGAGAAAAAUCGUUUGGUCUUUCGCUUCGACGAUCACAUUCUAUGGAUCGAUCCAUGGGGUCCCAAUGCACUUCGCGUACGUGCCACCAAGUUGGCAAAAAUGCCCGUUGGCGAGGGCGCCCUUCUCGGCCAGCCAGAUGCCACGGCCAAGAUUCAGAUCAACGAUGACGGCUCUGGCGAGAUCGUGAAUGGGAGCAUUCGAGCGACGAUCUCAAGACGCGGCAAAGUCGUCAUGUACAACGGCAAUGGAGAAAAGAUCCUUGAAGAGUUUGCCCGAAAUCGACAAGACCUGCUGGACCCCAAAUGCAGCGCUCUGGAAGUCGAGGCCCGCGAGCUUCGUCCAAUCCUGGGUGGAGACUUUCAAGCGACGCUGAGACUUGAGUCAAUUUCGCCGAAGGAAAAGCUGUACGGAAUGGGCCAGUACCAGCAGCCGUACCUGAACUUGAAGGGAUCCGAUAUUGAGCUCGCUCACCGAAACUCACAGGCGAGCGUCCCUUUCGUCUUGUCCUCUCUGGGUUACGGCUUUCUUUGGAACAAUCCAGCCAUCGGUCGCGCUGUGUUGGGAACGAACGUAAUGACCUUCGAAGCUUACUCUACCAGAAGCCUGGAUUACUGGAUCGUGGCCGGUGGGACGCCCGCAGCUAUCGAGGAAACAUAUGCGCAAGUCACUGGAGUUGUUCCUAUGAUGCCCGAGUACGGUCUGGGCUUUUGGCAAUGCAAACUGCGCUACGCUAGCCAAGAAGAGCUUCUACAAGUGGCGAGAGAGCACAAACGGCGAGGACUGCCCAUGGAUGUCAUUGUCUGCGAUUUCUUCCAUUGGAUCUACCAAGGCGACUGGUCUUUUGACCCAAAAUACUGGCCGGAUCCAGCAGCCAUGGUGAAGGAGCUGCGCGACUUGGGCAUCGAGCUCAUGGUCUCAAUCUGGCCAACAGUGGCCCCAGAAUCGGUCAAUUACCCGGAAAUGCGGGAGAAAGGUCUCCUGAUCCGCGUCGAUCGUGGUGUGCGAGUCGCGAUGCAAUGUGGAGGGGACAGCGUUCACAUUGAUACAACCAACCCCGAAGCACGGAAAUUUCUCUGGUCGAAAGUCAAGCAGAACUAUUACGACUAUGGCAUCAAGAUCUUCUGGGCCGACGAAGCCGAGCCGGAGUACUCUAUUUACGACUUCGAUCUCUACCGCUACCACGCCGGUCCAAACAUGCAAAUUGGCAAUACGUAUCCCGUGUGCUAUGCCCAAGCGCUUUAUGAGGGCAUGGAGAGCGCCGGACAGAAGAAUAUUGUCAAUCUUCUCCGUUGCGCAUGGGCUGGUAGUCAGCGAUACGGAGCUCUUGUCUGGUCAGGCGACAUUGCGAGUUCCUGGGAAAGUUUCCGCAACCAACUAUCGGCCGGUCUCAGCAUGGGCAUCGCCGGCAUUCCCUGGUGGACCACCGACAUCGGAGGAUUCCAUGGCGGUAAUCCUAAUGAUCCUGCAUUCCGAGAAUUGCUCAUCAGAUGGUUCCAAUGGGGUGCCUUUUGUCCCGUGAUGAGACUUCAUGGCGAUCGAGAGCCGAAGUCAGAGGGCGAUCCAACAGCGCCCGGCGCUGCCAAUGAGGUCUGGUCUUAUGGCGAAGAGGCAUACCCGAUCCUCGUGAACUAUCUCCAUAUCCGCGAGGAGAUGCGCGAGUAUACACGAGGUCUGAUGAGACAGGCCCACGAGAAAGGCUCGCCUGUCAUGCGAACUUGCUUUUACGAGUUCCCCGCCGACCCGAAGUGCUGGGAGGUGGAGGAGCAGUACAUGUAUGGCGACAAGUACCUCGUCAUACCAGUUCUCCAGCCAGGAGUUUCCGAGGUAGAAGUGUAUCUGCCUCGCGGAGCCAAGUGGAAAAGAUGGGGUUCGGAUGUCGUCCGCGAGGGUGGUGUGACUUUGCAAGAGUCCUGUCCUAUUGACUCUAUGCCGGUGUUCAUACGA